AUGAAUAUCGAUAUUAGGGUUAUUGGUGAUUAUGAAGUGAAUUUUGGUGCAUUUAUUGGAAAAGGAAGUUAUGGGAAAGUAUAUGAAGGAAGAAUAGUAAGUUAAAAUAGAAAAAUAUGUGUUAAGGUUUUAAUAAUGAUAAAAAUAGGUUUUAUAAUUGACAGAAGAAAAAAGACCAAUGUUUCAAAGAGAAGUAGAGAUCUUAGAGGAAAUAAAGAAAAUUACACAUCCUAAUAUUCUCAAAAUUUAUCAUAUAGUAGAGUAGAAUUAAAUUAUAUAUAUUUUCAUGGAGAAAUGUAUAGAAAACCUUGAACAAAAAUUAUAAAAGAUGAAAAAGGAAAAUUAAAUAUUUUCAAUUUAUUAGGUUCUCCAUAUCUCAAAAUAAGUUUGCAAAGGAUAUAAAGAAAUUAUGAAGAAAAAUAUAAUUCACAGAGAUAUGAAGCCUGAAAAUAUCUUAAUAGGAGAGGAUGGAUAUUAUAAAGUAUUUUAUUAUUAAAUUUAGAUUAGCGAUUAUGGUUUAAGUAAAACUUUAAAUGAUGUUGAAUCUUUAUUAAAACAAACUUAAUUAGGAACACCUUUAUUUGUAUCACCAUAAGUAAUUUCAGGAAAUUAUUCUAAUAAAGCAGAUCUUUUUAGUGUAAUUUUAAUAUCUAAAUUAGUUUGGAUUAACAAUUUAUUAUAUUACAUUUUAAUAGCCUAUCUUUUAAAUAAAAUCAAUAGGGGAUUUAGAAAAAGAAUUCAAUAGGAUUAAAAAUGGAAUUAAAUUACCUAUAAUCAAAAAUGAAGGUGAUCAAAAUUCAAAAAACAAUUUAGAAUAUUUAUUAAAAAUGACAAUCUAAUAUGAAGAAGAUGAUAGAAUGAGUUGGGAUUAGUUCUAUAAGUAUUUAGAUGGAAUAAAUAUAAAUUCAUCAAUACUUACCGAACCUAAUCUAUAAGAUGAUAAAAAAAAGUAAUUUGUUUAUUAUAUUAAAGGGCUAAUGAUGAUCUAAUGCAUAUUAAUUUACAAAAAAUAAAAUAAAUAGAUGUUGAUCAUUUUAAUUUUAUUAUUAAACCUGCCUAAUAGGAAACAGUUUAAACUCAAAAAUAAUCAAAAUUAGAAGAUUAAACAUCUAUUGAAAAUACGAAUUAGGAUUAUCAAAAUACUAAUUAAGCUUAUCAAAAUAAUAAUUAGGUUAAUCAAAAUAAUAAUUAAAUAAUAUAAUAGAAACAUUAAAUUAGUAACAAUUAAGGGUAAAAUAACAAUUAAAUCCCAAAUAAUUAAAAAAUAUUAAAAUAAUAAUUAGAUUCUUAAGACAAUUAUUAACAAAUUCCAAAAGAUUUUACUAAUUAAAACAAUUUUGAUUCUAAGUUUGUUUAAUCUUAAUAGGAGGAUUAUUAAAAUCCAACUAUGAAUCCUAAUAUUAUCAAACAAAAUACAAAUAGUUCAUAAUUGGGUUAUUAAAUAUAAUUUCAUAAUGAUUUUCAAGAAGAAUAAGAUUCUAAGGUUUAUAAUCAAAUUCAUGAAGAUAAAAAAUUAAAUUUAGAUUCUAAUAAUAAAUAGGAUUAUAAAGUAGUUGAAGUAAAAUAAUAAAAUCUUUUAAUAAGUCCAAAUUAAUAAAGAAAUAACACACCUCAAUAAUUUAAAUAAGAGAAUUAAAUAAAUUAUUAGAAUUUUGUUGCAAAUAAUUAAGCAAAUGCUGAUGAAUCUAUAGUCGACUUUAACAAGUCAAAUUUAAAUUAAGAUUCAUAAUUAAUUAUAAUUAAUAAUCAAUAACUUGAAUAGCAAUUUGGGUCAUAAAAUUAAAAUCCAAUUAAAAAUCAAAAAGAUAAUCAAAUAUUUAUUCCCAGUCAUAAUUAAUCAUCUUCAAAUAGAUAAUAAUAAAUAAAUUAAAUAAUUCCUAAUGAUAAAGUUUCCACUUAAUCAUUAAAUGAAAUAGAUGCUUAAAGUGAAAUACUAUCUAAUGAUACUUUUAAAUUAUCAUUUUCAACCUAAAAAGAAGAUUUUAAUUAGCAAGGUGUUUAAAAUAGCUUUAAAUAAACUUCAAAGUAAUCUUAAGAUUUAGAUUAAGGUAAUUUUGAUUAAGGCAUCAUGCCAAAUUAUAUGAAAUCUCAACCCUAAUAAAAAAACUAAAUCAAUUAAUUUAAGGAUUCUAAUAAAAAUAAAAUAAUUACUAUAUCAGAGAUAAUACCUUAAAACAAAGAUAAUAAUCAAAUAAUUAAUUAAUAAUAAUAAACUUAUUAAACAUAAUAAAAAUAAUAUGCAUAUAAAGCAUAAUAAUAAACAUAAGAACCAUAUUAAGCAUAAUAACCAUAAUAAGAAGUAAUUAAUAAAAAAUAAGAAAUUCAGUCUUAAGAUGUAUAAAAAUAAAGUUUCAUUUAAAAAUAAAUUCAAUAUUCAAAUGAAUAUGUAAAUAAUAAUUCAUAUUAAUACUAAUAAUAAAAAUUACAAUAAGUUUAGAAUUAAAAUUAAAAUAAAAAAAUGGAAAAUACAGAUAGCUAUUAAGAAUUUGGUGUUUCUAAUGAUAAAUAACCAAAUAACUAAUAAUUAAUUAAGUAAUAGGUUUAUUCUAAUUAUAAUAACAAUUUUUAAAAUAGUGUAGCAUAGGAUACUUAAUAAUAAGGAUAAAUUACUACAAAACUAAAAGGAAGACUUAUAAAAAAAGCAGAUGCUAAUCAGCCAGCAUAAUCAUUAAAAUAAGUUUUUUAGAUUAUUUUGUAAAAGAUUAAAUUGGCUGAAAAUGUAUUUAAUUCUUAUCAAAAGUUAAAGUAUUAAAUAAUUAUCAUAACAUAGAACACAUUAGAAAUUAUAAAAGUUUAUCAAAUAGUUUGAAAUUUUUAAUUACCUUUUACGCCAUUAUUAAUAUUCAUUAAUUACUAAUGUAAAAUUAUUUUGCAAAAAUGAUAGAAAUGUAGAGUAAUGUUAUUUAAAAAAAGAUUUGGAUUAAUUUAUUGCUGAAAAUACAAUUUUAGAUUAUUAAAAAUAUCAUUAAUAAUAAAUAAAUGAAAUAACCGAAAUCUAUUAAUAAAAACUUGCAAUUUCAACAGUAAUUAAUUAUUUCAAUUAUUAGGAAGCAUCAAAAGAUAUACAAGAUUUUCUUGAUAGUAGAAAUAACAAUGGUGAUGUGAUAGAUUUAAUUAGAUUUUUAGAAUAGGGGGAUUUCUAUAAGUUUAAUAGCUAUAUAGAAUUAUAUGAAAAGUAUUUUAAAUAGAUCUUUGAUUAACUAAAUUGCAAUUUGAAUUCUAAAGAAUUAUUAAUGUAAAUAGAAUGAUUUAAAUUUAGAUUUUUUGGAUAUUCGAUUAAAUUUAUAAGGAUUGAAAAAGAAUUUCCAUUAAAAAAUUAUAAGAUUAUUAAUUCUAAUUAGAUUGAUUAUUUAAGUGAUGAUGAAGAAUGUUUAAAAGAGUUUAUUAUAGGUUAUAUGAAUGUAAAAUGA